AUGUCAGCCGACUUCACCAAGUUCUCACUGAACCAUGUCCCUAGGGAGCAGAACUCACGAGACCUCCUAUCAAAGCUAGCAAGCACCAAGAGACUAGGCGCCACACGUUCGGUCAUUCAAGAAGUCCUAUCCCAACCAAGCAUCAAUGGUCCUUCUGUCGAGGUUCUGGUUAUCGAAGAAGAUGAAGAAUCUUGGAUGACACCUUACAUCCUGUACUUAACACAAGGUUCAUUGUUUGAAGGCCCCUUUCCGAUGGUCGUACGCCAAUUAAAGUUCUUGAUCAUGGCGGUGGAUUAUUUUAGCAAAUGGAUAGAAGCAGAACCAAUAGCAACCAUUUCGGCAGAAAAGGUGAGAACUUUCUUGUGGAAAAACGUCAUAUGUCGGUAUCGUGUCCUGCAGGUGCUGGUAUCGGACAACGGAACACAAUUCACUAGUGAAAGGGUUCAGAAUUUCUGUAAGGAGAUCGGAAUCCAGAUGAUGUUCACGUUUGUAGAACAUCCGUAG